AUGCUGAUCGCGCACCUCAUCGGCAGAUCUACGCUUCGAUCGGGACUACAGUGGGUAAAGCCGAGCUUUUUCUGGGAGAGACGACGCGGCUGGUGCUCGGACGCAGCAAAGGGGGCAGAUAUGAUUCGUAGCCGGGGUCAAAUCAAGCGGGUCCUCUGUGUGGCCGAGAAGAACGAUGCAGCCAAAGGCAUCUCUGAGAUUAUGUCCGGCGGCAGAGCCCGAAGGAGGGAAGGAUUCUCGAAGUUCAAUAAAAUCUAUGAGUAUGAGUAUCAACUUUUUGGCCAGAAUGUGACAGUGACAAUGACUUCAGUGUCAGGACAUUUGCUUGGUCUAGAGUUUAAAGCUCCUUUCCAAAAAUGGCACAGCUGCAAUCCUGUGUUGCUGUUUGACGCAGAAGUAGAGAAGUAUUGCCCAGACAAUAUGACACAAAUUAAGCGGACCCUUGAGAAGGAGGCGAAGCAGUGCCAGGCGCUAAUCAUCUGGACCGACUGUGACCGGGAGGGAGAAAACAUCGGCUUUGAAGUCAUUGAUGUUUGCAAAGCAGUGAAACCCAAUUUGCAAAUCUUCAGAGCAAAGUUUUCGGAGAUCACUCCUAACUCAAUUCGAAGAGCGUGUGAGACGCUAACCGAGCCUGAUGCUAACGUCAGCGAUGCAGUUGAUGUCCGACAGGAGCUGGAUUUGCGGAUAGGAGCAUCUUUCACUCGGUUCCAGACGCUUCGGCUGCAGAAGAUCUUCCCUGAAUCCUUGGCUAAUCAGCUGAUCUCAUACGGUAGCUGUCAGUUUCCCACCCUUGGAUUUGUGGUGGAACGCUUCAAAGCCAUCCAGGCCUUCAUACCCGAGACAUUCUACAAGAUUAAAGUGCUCCAUGAGUUAGAAGAGGACAGUGUGGAGUUCAGCUGGAAGAGAAACCGUCUCUUCCAUCACACUGCUUGUCUGGUGCUCUAUCAGAUCUGCAUGGAGAAUCCCAUAGCAACAGUCACCUCAGUAACAAGCAAACCCAAGAGCAAAUGGAGACCGCUGCCUUUGGACACUGUGGAACUGGAGAAACUGGCGUCUAGGAAGCUGAGAAUAAAUGCCAAAGAAACUAUGAAGAUUGCUGAAAAGCUUUAUACCCAAGGGUUCAUCAGCUACCCUCGCACAGAAACAAACAUAUUUCCUGCCAAUCUUCCCCUCACCCCCCUGGUGGAGCAGCAGGCACAGAGUCCAGAGUGGGGGACCUUCGCCCAACGGGUGCUGGAGCAGCCUGGGGGCCCUAACCCACGGCAGGGGAAGAACUCUGACCAGGCCCACCCCCCAAUACACCCCACCAAGUACACCAACACGCUGCAGGGUAACGAAGGACGCGUCUAUGAGUUCAUAGUCAGGCACUUCCUGGCUUGCGUAUCCCAGGAUGCUUUGGGACAGGAAACAGUGGUGGACAUAGAAAUUGCUCAAGAAAAGUUCUCCGCAUCUGGACUGAUGAUUAUUGCAAGGAAUUACCUGGAUGUUUAUCCGUACGAGCGGUGGAGUACAAAGUUGAUACCAGUGUAUGAGCAGGGCUCCCAGUUCCAGCCCUCUGCUAUUGAGAUGGUGGACGGACAGACGAGUCCGCCUCAGCUGCUCACAGAAGCCGACCUCAUAUCUCUGAUGGAAAAGCACGGCAUUGGUACCGACGCCACCCACGCGGAUCAUAUCGAGACCAUUAAGAGUCGCAUGUAUGUGGGUUUAACUGCAGACCAGAGGUUUCUCCCUGGAGAGCUCGGCAUGGGGCUAGUGGAAGGCUAUAACUCCAUGGGCUACGAGAUGUCAAAACCCAACCUCCGCGCCGAACUGGAGGCCGACCUCAAGCUGGUGUCUGAGGGCAGGAAGGACAAGCAGAGCGUGCUGCAGCAUCACAUCCAGAAAUACAAAACGGUCUUCAUAGAGUCUGUGAGGAAAGCAAAGAAGUUAGAUGAAGCCCUGUCGCCGUACCUGGGUGCAGCUCAUGAGAUCCCUGAAGUGGAGCAGCAGGACAUGGAGAUCCCGCUGCCGGUGAGGAAGUGUCCUAACUGUGGUCGGGACAUGGUGCUGAAGAAGAAGAGGGAGGGCAACAGUAAGUUCCUGAGCUGUGUUGGCUACCCAAGCUGCAAGACAGCAGUGUGGUUCCCAGACAUGGUGCUAGAGGUCAGCAGGGAUGACAGCGUUUGUCCCACAUGUCAGCCAAGCCCCAUCCACAUGCUGAAGUUUAAGUUCCGCAGAGGCACCCUGCCUCCCAUGAUGCCUCUGGAAUUUGUGGGCUGCAUUGGUGGCUGCGACGAGACGCUCAGAGAGGUUCUGGACCUCAAAUAUCUCAGAGGAGGAGGAGGAGGAGGAGGAGGAGGCCGGGGACCAGGGGAUGCUUCUGGAAGGAAUGGUGGAGGAGGAAAUAAUCCUCCAAGGCCCCCAAGACCACAGCCACCCAAAGCCCCAAACUCAAACCCCCGCCCUUCCCUUCCUCCUGUUCCUGCGUGGAACCCAGAGCCCAGAGCUCCACCGGCCGGCAGCAGCGAUGCCAUCGUCUGCAACUGCGGUCAGGACGCUCUCCUCCUGACUGUGCGUAAAGACGGUCCCAACCAGGGGCGUCAGUUCUACAAAUGCAACUCAGGCACCUGCAACUUUUUCCUGUGGGCGGAUCAGCCAAGUCAGCAGAGCAGAGGGCCCCCGCUGGCCGCUCAGAGGGCCGCUCAGCCUUCAAGGCCCUCAUUAGGGUUCGGGAACCUCUCAGGAGGCAACAGAGGGAGCGAUUCGGGCGUAGCAGGACAUGUGGGGCAGACCAUGUGCAACUGUAACGACAUGGCGGUGACCCGCACAGUGCAGAAGGACGGCCCAAACAAGGGCCGCAUGUUCCACACCUGUGGGAAGCCCAGAGACCAGCAAUGUGGCUUCUUUCAGUGGGCCGAUGAGAACGCACCUCCACCAGGAACUUCUGGUGGAGGCUUCAACGCCGGUGGAGACGGAGGAAAGAAGGGGAGGAAGGCGAUGGGAGAGGGCGCUGCCAACAGACCCCCCACCGCAAAGAAGCCUCGCAGCUGUGGCAUCUGCCACAUGCCAGGCCACACCCGGGUCACCUGUCCUCAGCGGUGACACCGAGUACGAGGAGCCUCUAUGCUGCGGCUCUUUCUGUAACGUAAAAAACAGGUCUGACUGCAGGACCAACGGAUUUCGCUUUCUCGUGAACGUGCGUCGGAGAAAGGAAUGUGAAAACUGGUUUUGGCAUCAACAUUCACAGAGAAAGAGAAAGUAAAGUUCUGUGAUUUGAUCUGAGAUUUCCUCAGAGCUGCUCUCCCCUGGAGGGAAACUCAGAGGUGGAAGUUAACCUUUUAAGGACCAGAAAAACUCUAAAACCUAAAAUAGAUGCACAUUGAACUCUUUCUAAGAGGAGGAAUUAAGCUGCACUGCUUUGCCUCUUUUCUCAUAUCAAACUGUUUGUUUCAGCAUGUGCUCCUUUACUGCUGGAGGGAGG